GAGGCGCGUUAUUUAUUGCUAGCUGAAGUUAAAUCUUUUAUCAUUCUUGAACUAAAUAAAUCACCGCCUUUAGUAAAAAUAUGCACAAGUAGAUGUAGUAUUAGUACAUUAUGCAAUAUUGUAGGUCUCGCUAGCUAGGGAAGUCCAACCUGGAGAGAGCUGCAGUGAUCUGAUGUUUAUGAACAGGUCUGCGGACGCACCAAUCCUUUCAGACAAGACAGAACAAGUUGAUGGGAUAUAAUCUCUAUAGGAGCCAUGGUUUAUAGAGUAGAGGUUUUUCUUCGCCAUGAAUAUGCGACCUAAUUGCUUUUCUAAAGAGGGAUUAUACUCGAAUAACCUCGACUUCAACCCAUCUCAAACAGGACACCCAGUUAGUGUCCCAAGAGCUUCCACUGUCCUAGAACUACGAAAUCCACCUGGUGACACUUCAAACAACGCCAGACAACAUCUGAUCUUGGACAAGAAUUUGGGUGGGAAAGUCGAACGGACUUCAUUGCUUGUAAAGCUCGGCAGAGUGUUAGCUGUCGCUUCAGAGGCUGGCUCUGAGGGAACAGAAACACUGUCAUCUCAAGCAAAACAAAUGGGGGGUGAAGGCACCCCAGUAAAAAGUAAAACUCCACUUGGACAGACCAACUCUAUUGAUAAUAAGCCAGAGUUUGUAUCCAUGAAUUCACAUGAGAAGAGUGUGAAAGGGUUAGAAACUAUGGGGGCAUCUCAUGAACACACGGAGGGUAAAAAGUUGAAUAUGAGGAAGAUCACAGGUCAUCCUCACACGCAAGCCACUUGCCUUAAACAGCUGCUUCUGCUUCAACUGGACUUGAUAGAACAACAGCAACAACAACUGCAGUCUAAGGACAAGGAAAUAGAUGAACUCAAAUCAGACAGAGACACGUUGCUUGCCCGAAUUGAGAGGAUGGAACGGCGUUUGCAGUUGUUAAGUAAGGAACCACGUGACAAGAAGCUCUUUCAGCCGUUAGAGAGAUGGGUCCCUGAUACGGAAGACUUUUGGGAAUCUGAAUUGGGGGAUAGCCCGCAGACUCCAACAUCCAAGUCACUUCAGUUGAAUCGAAGUGGCAAGAUGCAAAAGAGGAAGUUCAACUUCUUAGAUGCUAAGAUGCAGAGGUCAAGAGGUAAGGCCACAAGAUUGACCCCCCAAAAAUUAGACACAGGAGAGACAUCACCAUGUCACCGUGACUUGCGAAACAAAGAGCCCCAAGAGAAGAUGAGUUUUGGGAAAUCAAGUGGACAGAUGGAUCUGCACCCAGAGGGAGAAGAUAGAAAAGAAACUGAAGAUCUCCCAUACUUGACCACGACCGAGAUGUACCUGUGCUGCUGGCAUCAGCCUCCAGCCUCCCCAUUGCAGGAACCAUCUCCAAAGAAAGAGGAGGAUGUUGCAAUUCCAUCCUGGAGAGAAAAUAGCAUGGAACCCCUGUGCGAGGAGGAUGGCUUUGACAUACCUGAGAAUCUUGACGAUACCGUUUUUCUGAAACGCCACGCAAAGCUAGAACUGGAUGAGAAGAGACGAAAAAGAUGGGACAUUCAGAGAAUACGUGAACAGCGUAUGCUUCAAAGACUGCAGCAGCGCAUGGAGAAGAAAAAGAUGAAUGUUCAGGAAAAUGAGCCCGAAUUGUCCUCAUUUUAUCCUGACGUGGACAGUGUGGAGGCCAUUGAAAUCACACCAUUUCUGCCAGUAGUGGCCUUUGGUCAUCCUUUGCCCAAUUUGCCUGCACAGAACUUCGAGCUGCCAUGGCUUGACGAAAAAAGUCGGUGUCGUAUUGAAAAUCAGAAAAAAACUCCCCAUCGAACCUGUCGGAAAUGAGCCACAGAUUUUGAGUAUGUAUCCAAGUUGAAUGCUACGUGGAUGAGCAAAGACAGGUUUGAUCAGUCAGGUGACAAGAUAUUUGCCCAUCAUUAUAGUUUAGUGUCGGGCUGCUAUCUGCUGGCAGAGACUGUUUAGGCUAGAAUGAAAUGCCAGCAUUACGGUGAUGUUAUCAUACUAUGUUGCCAAGACUAUAAAACACCAACUGCCCUGUUAACUGCAGUUUUAGGUCACAUCCUCACUUAUACAUUUUCAGUUCCUUAACAUCAUCGUUUUCCAAAGUGUGACGUUAUGGAGAGCGUUUUCGGUGGAGGAAAACGCCAUUCUAGUGUGGGUGAGAGGCGUAACAUAUCAAAAUCAAUGCGUUUUUCAAACAAAAACGUAUGAGUGUGGACGUGUGUUAGUUUGCACACAAUCAGUGUGUGGUCUUUACUGAUUUAGGCUUUUACCUGUAGUCCUGUUCUGUGAAUUUUCACUGAGGCUAAGUGAUACUGGUUAUGCAGGCUUUGCUGCAAAUAAUGUUUUAAUGUGCACUAAACUGUGGUAAAGGAGUAUUGAUGCACAUUUGCAUGUAUGCCUCAAUAUAUUUGUGUUGAGAAUGGCUUUAAAGAGCUUGUUUUGUUUUCAAAAAUGGUAAUUAUGCAUGAAUGUCUUGAUGAAACCUAAAAAUGUACAUAUUUUUGUAAACAUAGCAUAGCCAUUUAGAAGUUGGCAGGAUUAGGAAGAGGAUGCUAAUAUGUUUAAGUAUGCUCUAGUGUAUAAGAGAAGCAAGCAUUUUUGUAUGACCAUCUAGGUGUAUGUUGGAGGUCUAAUUAAGGACCCUUAAUGUUAUUUUUUGAAUCGAUUAGUUGGUCUGUUGUUGUAAUGUUUGAUGUACCGCAACCUUCUUGUUGAAAAAACAUUUAUUUUACACAUCCAUUUUCCUCAAGUCUCAUCAAUGUCCAAAAGUGUUGCUAGUCUGUAUUAAUUUUGGAUAAACUGUGUGCCUAAUGGGAUUAAUUUUAGGGCAUUUGUGUUAUAUUUCUUAUAGAUAUUCCUGUUCAAAUUGUAAAGAUUUUUUAUGUUUUAUUUUCGCAUAAAUGUGUUGAUCUUGUUAGUACAAAAUACAUCAAAAAGAUUUUUGUUUCUUCCCCUGAAUGUGUACAUCUGGACCACUGUAAAUAGCUUUAAUGACACAUACCAGCUGUAAAUAAGUAAAACGUUGCUGUUAUUUUUUUAUUUAAUGUCAGAAUGUUUUAUGUCCAGUAUAGAUGAUAUAUUGAUAGCAUUAUUUACAAAAUAAGAAUUUUUGUUUUUCAAAAAAAUAAAACAAAUGCACUCUAUAAUUUCAUAAUUGACAUACUCGAUUUUUAAUGUUUUGUGUGUCCAUAUUUUUUCUGUGUAGUAUGUUUUAUUUAAUAUUUGCAAUUCACUUAAUUUCGCACUUGCCAUUAUAUGGGUGUGGAAUUGGUCUUAAUGGAAGGAUUAUGAAAUGAGACCUUGUACAAGACAAGCACAAAGACUUCAUUAAGCAUCUUGUUUUAUGCAUAUACACUUGCUGAGCACUUAAUUAGGAACACUAUGGUCCUAAUAAAGUGCUCCACGUGAUCUGCUGUCGUGGCCCAUCCACUUCAAGGUUCAAUGUGUUGUGCAUUCUGAGAUGCUAUUCUGCUCAUUACAAUUGCAGAGAGUGGUUAUCAGAGUUACAGUAGACUUUAUCAGUUCGAACCAGUCUGGCCAUUCUCUGUUGACCUCUCUCAUCAACAAGACAUUUCUGUCCACAGAACUGCCCCUCACUGGAUGUUUUUUGUUUUUGGCACCAUUCUGAGUAAAUUCUAGAGACUGUUGUGCGUGAAAAUCCCAGGAGAUCAGCAGUUACAGAAAUUCUCAAACCAGCCCAUCUGGCACCAACAAUCAUGCCAUGGAAAUACUGAGAUCACUUUUUUUCCCAUUCUUAUGGUUGAUGUGAACAUUAACUGAAGCUCCUGACCCGUAUCUGCAUGAUUUUAUGCAUUGCACUGCUGCCACACGAUUGCCUGAUUAGAUAAUCGCAUGAAUAAGUAGGUGAACAGGUGUUCCUAAUAAAGUCCUCAGUGAGUGUAUAAAUUCUUAGUUUUGAUUACUAUAAAGAUAAUUACAGUAUACUGUAUAUAAAAAUAUAUAUUAAUAUAAAUAUGAAUGUGUCUGUAUUAAUCACAUCUUUGUAUGCAAAAUUAUAUGAAACGUGUAAUUUUUCUCAACUCAGAUUGGCUGUGAAACCAGAUUACCAUAAAAUGUUAAAAUGCAGGCAUUGAGUUAAAAUGUAAUUCAGUAAUUUAAUCUGACAAAUUUAUAUUUAAUAUCAGAAUAUAAUGUAAAACUAAUCAAAUUGUCAUGAUCAAACUUAACUGAUGUAGAUCUCAAAAGUGUAGUUCUAUGAUUUUUCUAUAAAGUUGUCAUCAUACAUUGAGAGAGGUUCUGUGAAUUGUUGGAUGAGCUAUUGUCAUGGUGCGUAAUGACAGUUUGUGUGAAAUAAGUCUUGUCAUUAAAAUAAUGUAACAAUGAAAACAAUCAUAGUGGUCCUAGAAAUGGGCUUCAUGUAUAUCUUAAUGCAAAAUAUAAUUUAUUUUUUUUCUUUUGAUUUUGGGGUGAAAUAUAACAGAUCUUUCUCUCCAUGAUUCACCUAAUUACUGCACAAUCUGAUAUUCAAUCUACUGUUGUAAAUCAAACAUCAAAUGAAAAAAUAUCAGUCACUUCACUUCAUGGUAAACGUGAAAAAAAGCUUACUGAAAAAAAAAAAGCAAAAUAAAUAAUUUUUCAAAAUAUACCACCUCUUUCUGAUUCACAAUUAGAUAAAUACAGAUCAUAUUUAUUCUCUACUUUUAAUAAUAUGUCUUAAGACUAUUUUGUGAAAAAACUAGCUUUGGGAGACAGCCUCCAAGAUUUUUUUUUAUUAAAUGACAAUUUAUUUUGAGAUGUGGUCUCUCGCAAACUAAAGGGAUAGUUCACCAAAAAAUUCUAAUUCACUCAUUUACUCAUCCUUAUGCCAUCCCAGACAUGUAUGACUUUUUUCUGCCGAACACAAAAGAUUUGAGAAGAAUAUCUCAGCUUUGUAGGUCCUCACAAUGCAAGUGCAUGGGUACCCAAAUUGUGAAGCUCAAAAAAGAACAUAAAAGCAAUCUUAAUAAAGAACUUAAAUGUUGAUCUGUUUCUCACCCACACCUGUCAUAUCACUUCUGAAGACAUGGAUAUAAUCACUGGUGUCAUUUUGAUUUCUUUUAUACGGCCUUUAUGUGCUUUUUGAGCUUCAACAUUUUGACAUGAGGGUGAAUAAAUGAUGAGAGAAUUUUUAUCUGUGGGUGAACUAUCCUUUAAGCUUUUAUGAAGAACAGGCCAGGGUGUUGGGACCAGAGAUUCAAUCACUCUGAGAAACAAAUAAAAACUUUUAUUAUACAAGUAUCACUGAAAGAUCAAGAUUAAAAUAUAAUUAGCAGAGAUCUAUUAGAUAUUACAAUAGCACAGGUAUUUCAAAGAGGGUAGUCUGAGGUCCCCUUAUAUAGAGAGAUUGAAAAACUCCAGUGGCUACAUUUUACACCAUUUAUAUAAAAGUUCAGUACCACCAUCCACAUUUAUUAUUUAUUUAAAAGAUGAUGUCAUAAACCAUUUUUAUAGUAAUUCAAUAUUUAGUGUUAGUUUUCCUUAAAAGUUAAGUUGGAACCUUGUAUUCUCUGGCAACCAGUUGUUUGUUGAUCAGAAUUUAUCACCUCUAUAAAUGAUUUGUCUAAACAGAAGACUUGAAAGCAGUCUGAUGCAUUGCAUCUCAUUUGGGUUACUUUUUUGGUGAAGAAACAUUUAUACAGCAUGUCCAGUAUCAUUAGAAGAGACAAUGACAAA